GCUUGUUUUAUGCUUGUGAGAGCUGCGAGAAGAGACCUCGAUAAGGCUAUAUACUGUGUCGUCAAAGAGAAAGAGUAAAGAAAAAGAACAGAAACAUCGAGAGAGAGUUCAUACAACACGCAAUCGAGAACGCUCAAUGGCUGGCCUGACUGAGUGGAUCCAAGCGAGAGCGGCAAGUCAUCGCUGUUAGACAAACUGCUUUUGUCACUACCAGACUUCUUAUAGACAGAGCAUGUUCGACAUGCAACGGUGAUACUACAAUGUCGGAAUCAGACGUCUAUGAUCCGUCUUUUCCAACCGAGUAGCAGGAUUCUAUAGUUACUUGGCAGAAGCUGUUUACCGCCCCUGUUUUAGGACAUGUCGGAGACUGGCGAGUCUGAGACCAGGGAUGAUGUGGCGGGGAGCAGUACAGACACAACUCGGGAGAUGUUGGAAGUCAUUGCCAGAGGAGGUAUUGACUUCCAAAGUUCAGAUGACAUGCGUAGCACACCUGGUAGCAAGAAGAAAAAGAAGAAGAAAAAGAAGAAGAAAACUGACGUCAUUGCUUCAUUUGAAGUUGAUGUUGAACCACCACACCUUUUUCCUGAUGACCAAGAACCACCUGUCCCAAGUGAGCAGGAGAUCAUGGAGUUUGAUGGCCAGUGGCCUCCGUGGCAGGGAGGUCAGUUUAGUCCAAAAGGCCGGACUCCUAGACAACGUCCAUUUGUCCAGCGAGGUAGUUGGGGCCGUGGCAACAGAGGUGGGAAUGGCAGUAAAUUUAUGAACAUGCAACAGCCAUUCAGAGGUCAAAACUUUUCAGGGCGUGGUGGCAGAUUUCAGCAUCCAACACAGUUUAAUCCACAAGAAGAUAACACUGAGUUUAUGGGGUCUUUGUAUCCAGAUUUUGAUUCCAAUAUUCACAACAACAUGGGUGGCCCAGGAACCCCACAUAACAACAGGGGAGGCCCACGACCACCACCUCACAUGGGAGGUCCGCAAUCCUCACCUCACACAUUUCAGGAUAGGAUGCAUGAUGGGAAAAGGGGCCAACCAUCCUUACUGGGGGAUGGACCAAUGCAGUUCAGGAUGGGACAGAGAUUUGGGGGGGAACACCAGUUCGGACCAGGUGAAGGUCCAAGAAACUUUGGACCUCAUCACAGAGAACAAUUUCCAGGUUUCCAUGGUGAUUCACACAUGCAGCACCAUGAAGAGAUGAUUGGAUAUGACAGUAAUUCGCCACUACCACAUCAGCAGUUUGAAGACAGGUCACAUGCGCCAGAACACAAUCCUCAUCAUUCACAGGUAAAUAAACCGGACUUCGCUAAAGGAAUGCCACCUUUGCCAUUAGACUUUAAAUUGCCAGAUUUUGCUAAACAACAGGAAGAACUCCUUCAGGAAUUAUCCAAGGCUCCUGGGCCACCAACGGGGCCAACUUCAGAAACCACCACUGAAAGUGUUAUACCUGAUGCCCUAGACCACAUUCCCAUGCCACCACCUCCUCAAAAGUCAUCUGCUCCACAGCCACAGCCACCACCACCACCACCACCACCUCAAGCACAGCCUCAGCCACGACUGCCAGAAUUGGUGGUACCACAACCACCAUUGCCCCAGGAACCAGCUUCAUUACCACUUCCACAGCAACCAACAAUACCACAACCUCCAUUGCCACAGCAGCCAUCUAUACUGCCAUCUCAGCCACCGGCAGUGUUGCCAUGGCAGAUAAACAAUCAUGCUACACCAUCAUUACCACAAACCCAUCCAGAGGUACCACUGUUGCCACAGACCCAGCCACAUCCAGUGGCACCACCCUUACCACAUCCAGUGGCACCCUUGCCACAGACCCUGAUAUUAGCACAAUCAUCCCCACAUAUGCAUCCAGUGGCCCCACCAAUGCAACAGUCCUCACAAGUGGGGACAAUGCCCCCAACUACAUUUAUCACAGAAGAACCAGCCAAACAGCAAGUAGACACAGAGCCUUCAGACACCCAAACGUGUAUACCAAAUGUCGAACCUAGUCCAAUCCAGAUGGAUAUAUCUCCGUCUACCAUAGAAGACAAUAUAAAUGAAACAAACCCACAACAAUCUUCAGAAGGGAACCCUGCAGAUUCUUCUGACACUCAGACCUUGCAUGCCAUUGAUCCAAUCAAGUCAACUGCCAUGAAGCUGUUGGAAAAGUUUCAAAUGAAAAAGAAAGCUGAAUCACAAACUCAGGAAAACGAAGGAGGUAAUCCACAGGGAAAGAAGGGCCUCAUUAAUUUAAGGAGUGGAUUGAGGCCUGGGACCCAAAAGUCCAAAGUUUCUCUGUCAUCAAGCAGUCGUAUUCAAUUUGCCCUUAAGAACAGUGCUAAAGUGACCGGUCAAUCCAACCCAUUAAAAAUCAGGUCAUCUAUUGGCGAUGACGAGGAUGAUGUGAAACCUGAGGAAUCAAAUAAGGAAUCAUCAGAUGGUUCACCGUCACUAUCAAUCGUAAAAGAGAAAUCCUUGAAAUCUGAGCAAACUGUAUCGCACAAUCCAAGUCUGAAUGAAAAAGAGACUGACUUCGGCCACAAGACAAAAGAAACGAGUAAUGACAAAGAAAUAGUAGUAGUCAAGACAACAGAACCAAGGUCAAACCAAGGAUCACAUGACAACCAUGACAGGUCAUCAUCUCCCAAGUCCAAAGACCUAUCUGGCAGUUGGGCAAGGUCAAAAGAUUACAGAAAAAAGACAAGGUCUCCUGAAGUGGAACGAAAAACCAGGAAUUCAGAUUCACGACGCAAAAACAGGGAAUAUCGUGGAAGGUCAAAGUCACCAGAAUCUAUAGACAGGAAAAGUAGAUUUAGUAGGCGAAGACAAUCGACUGACGAAGAGGGAUCUCCUGAUUCAGUGGAUCGAAACAGGAAAAAUCGAUCCAGAGGUCACGUUGAAAAAUCUAGGUCAAAGACUCCUGAUGCUAGACCUGAUAGUUCUGAUAGCCGAAAAAGUAAGACAACUAAAGAUCAUGAAAGGUCGUUAUCCCCAGAAUCAAGGUCAAGAAAGGAUUCAUACAGUGAAAAGGUGAAAAACAAACAUUCUGGAGAAUCUGUCCAUCGUAGUUCUAGAGAAAGAAGUGAGGAAAGAAGGAGCAAACGGUCAUCUAGGUUGAAGGAAAGGUCUCAGAGGUCAUCUAGUGCAUCAGAUACAGAGGAGAAAUAUGUACAGAAAUCAAAAAGAAAAGAAAGCAUAGAAAGGGAAAAAAGAGGAAAAUCUGAGGAUGAAAGAUUGCAUGGGACUGAGAGUAGCAAUGAUGAAAAUAAAUCUUCUCACAAAAACAUAAUAUCUGAACAGAAGACAGACAGAAACGCUAGUAAAAGGGGAAAAUCAGAAGAAAAUGAGGAAAGAAAUUUGCAUCAUCAGUACGUGUCAGACAGCAGACAUGGCAAGGAUUCUUCUGAAGGAAGACAAGGAAAUUCUGAGGUGAUUGUCAAGAAAGAUGAUAAAGAGGUAAACGAAGGGUCUUCUAGUCCAAUUAUAACGCUAGAGAUCAGAAGUAAAUGGGAUGACAAAGAAAACUCCGAGACAGGUGAAGCCUGCCAAAAACAUGAGGAUGAUGAAAUUUCUCAUUGGAAACCAUCACCUGAUUAUAAUCGGGAAAGAGAAAAAUCUGAGGAAGCAUUGAUGCAUCGAAAACGUGAUGUAAAAGGCUGUUAUGAUGAAAGACCUCGUAGACAUUCUUUAGAUCGUGAAAGGGAUUAUCAGAAAGUCUCUGGUAGGUCGGAAGAUUUGGAUAGGGAUAAAACGAGGAAGGUGGAUGAAUCUCAGCAGGAUGAACAUAGGCUUGUUAAAAAAGAUAAAAGACAAAUAUCUCCAGAUCGGGAGGAACCACGACGAAGAAGAUCCAGGAGACAUCAAUCAUCUCCAGAACAAACAGAAUCUAAUAGAAAAUCACGCUGGAGUCGAGGGGGGGAAAACAAAAACCAAGAAGAUGAACAUUCUGUGAAAAAUCCUUUAGUUUCAUAUGAUUCACCAAUGAAAGAAGUUGUACCUCUAGUUUCUUAUGACUCUCCAAUGAAGGGAGCUGUGCCAUUAGUUUCGUACGAUUCUCCAAAGACCAUAUCACCUGUCCCUAGCAGUAUUGUAAAACUGCGACCUCUAGUUCAGUAUGACUCGGAAGAUGAUUCUGACACAGACAGUGGAAAUAAAGACACUAAAGUUUGUAACGAAAGUGAAACUACAAAAAAAACUGGGGUUAGUGAGCAGAGGAUAAGUAUGGAAGUGGAUAAUAUACAAAGUGCUGAGAAUAGUAAAUGUGUUACUGCCAUCAUAGAAACGUCAGGGAAGAUACCUAAUUCAAUCUCAGGGGAGGUAACUAACAUGGAAACUGAUAGAACUUUACCUGUUGUCGGUGUAACCAAAGGUGCUGAUGCAGAGAAGGAAUCAGAAAACAAUCAAACUUUCCCUAGUGUUAGUAACAAAAUCAUUCAGGCAUAUGAAGACUUUGAAAAGUUCCUGAAUGAAACAUCUUUUGAUUCCAAAACAGUUGUGUCUGAAACUUCUGAGACAGAUAAGAACUCAACUGUGACAGAGCCAGAAAUCACAAAGGAUAAUUCCUGCAGAUCUGCUAAUGAAUCUGAAAUCCAUUUGGCAAAUGACUCCAAAACUACAGAUACGUUUGAUGUGAAAAGUAUUUCAGACACCAGUGGUGGAGUUAGUACUUCUUCUGCUGGCUUGGACAGAGAAACUUCUGGAACGCAGUUAAAGAAACCAGAGACAGUCAUGCCCGACAACACCCUUGAAGAGAAAUCAGGACGAAGGUCACUUAGAUCGCGAAGGUCACACACAUCAGAAUCUCAGGAGAGCAGUCCUAGGGAGAGUAGGCGAUCAAAGAGAAUGUCAAAGGAAGAAAAAGUAUCAAAUGAAGCUGUAACACCAGAGGCUGGCAGGAUGACAAGGUCAAGGAGACUGCGAAGUCUUGAUGACAGUGAGGCUGUGGAGGAUCAGAGUACAGGGAAAAGAACAGAGAUUACAGAGGAAGGAAAGACGGGAAGGAGAAAAACACGCUCACAGCAUUCUGUUGAUGAAUCAAGGGAUAGCAGCAGAGAAACGAGAUCAUCAAAACGAAGUCGGCGUCAUAGAAAUCCCUCAGGUUCUUCAUCAGAUCAUGAAAAGGAAGAUAAGAGCUUAAAAUCACCAAAGGAAAUACAUUCCGAUAAAAAGCUCUCGAGUCCCCUCUCUGUAGAUCUCUCGAGUAUUGCUCUCCCUGGAGAAGGGAUAAAAAUCCGCAUAUUUAGUGACAUUCAUAGCCCAGAUAAAAAGGGAGAAAAAACAGGUGAAAAACAGAAAACAGAAUUAGAAAAUUGUGACCAAGAAGUUCCACCAGCAGUUAUUGACCUGGAUUCUAUCGUUCUUCCACCUGAGCCAUCGAAACCUCCUGAAGCUACAAAACAACUGCUUACAGAACCAACACCUGAAGAACCACCACCACCGCCACCACCACCGCCAGUAGCCAUGGAAACUGAGAGUGUAAAGGAAUCAGAUGUGGCAAUAGACAAACCAGCCAUGCCUGAGGCUGCAAAGGUCGAGGACAAGAACAAGAAAUUUAUUGGUGUCAAAAACGAAAAAUUACGAGCGGCAAUGGAAAAACUUCAGGCAGAGAAAAAUGCAGAUAAUGCUGAAGUUAAAGAAGAGAAAGUGAAGGAAAUUAAAGAACAGCCUGGAAAAAUUAGUUUGAGUUUUGGACGCAGAUUAACGAGGGGCAGAGUGUUAAAGACACCCUCAGUGUUGACAGAUGAUGAUUCUGAAACAAGACAGCUGAUCAAGUUUGGUCUUCCAAAAGUGAUUGCACCCCUAAAAACAGUACCAACUUGGGAGGUGGAUGAGAAUUCUAAAGAGCUGAAAAGUGACCCUCGUGAGAAGUGUGAUUCUGUUUUACCAAAAAGUGACUUGCUUGUCAAGUGUGAUAAUGUGGUUCCUAAACCUGAAGCCAAGUUAGGACAAAACAUACCCAAAGCUGACAGUUUCGUUAUGUAUGAAAGUGAAAGUACCAAAAUACAAUCAGAUGAAAGUGAAACAAAACAGACUGGUAUUAAAAUUGAGGUUAAGGGCAUAAGAACAAGGUCAAAGUUCAAGGAUUUACCAGAAACUGGCACAGCCAGUAAACCAGAGCCAAUCGUUCGCCAACGAUCGUGGAGAAAAUCCUCUAAAAGUCAAAUAUUCGAAACUGAAGAUGCAUCAAAUAGUAGUAGCAUAGGAAGUGAUGUUGGAACAGGAAGUGAUGUCUGUACAGGAAGUGAUUUUAAACAAGCAGUCGAUGAAUUGCCUUCUUCUGAUGGAGACACUAGAAUACCACAUAUUGAAGAAGGAUCACCUGAGAUCGAAAAAGGAUCACCUGAGAAGGUUGAAGAAACAUCUGGAGCAGACUCUUCUCUUUCUGGUCAAGUGAAAUUGGAUCUCGUCUCAGAAUCAACACCUGCAAUUAAACAUUCUGCACAGCAGGAUAUAGUGAGGCACCACACGCAGGUAGAUGAUGAAAUCUUUUUCAAAAAUAUUCCAAUGCCAUCUCCACCAAACGCCGUUAUAGAUAAUGAAGGAACAAAUUAUGAAAAUCAGGAUAUGGAUUUAGAUGAAGAUAGUGAAACAGAAAUGGAACCAGAACCGGAGGUUGUAGCUAAAUCAGAAGAAAACAGUGAAAAAGGUUUCAUUAAGGAAGAUAAAUCUAGUCAGAAGGAAAACCCUAAUGUAACAAAAGACAAUGCUACAUAUAUACAAAGUGAAAGUAGGAUAUUAAACUUAAGUGGUAUUAAAGACAUUGUUUUACCUGAUGAACAUUUAGAAAGUGAAAAUCGGGCAUCUCAUACCAACACAACAAAGGAGGCUUUGAGCAUGAAUAAAGACACAACUCUCAGUAGUUUGAAAGACAUUGCUUUACCUUGUGAAAACAAAGGACCUUUGGGAAGUGAAAGUAGGGCAUCUUAUCAGGACACAACAAAGGAAAGUUUGAGUGUGAAUAAAGAAAAGAUUUUCAGUAGUUUGAAAGACAUUGCUUUACCUGGUGAAAACAAAGGACCGAUGUGUGUUGAAAGUACACCAGCUCAGAUAGAAGGAACAAAGGACAUUUUCGGGGUGAAUAAAGAUGUUGUGGACAGUUCUGAAACAAAUUUGACAUAUAAACUACCGUCACAAAAUGUUGAUGUACCAACAGGCUUUAGUGCCGAGUCAAAAUCGACAGAGGAAAAAAAGAGAGAACCUGUGUCAAUAAAACCAUUCACAAUUGGACGAAAGUCUGAGAAAAUCAUUGUGAACAUUAAAACAAUUAUAGAAAGUCCCAUAAAGGAGACACCCGAUAUACCAAAUGAUAAAAACUCACUCACCCAAACUAGGCAGAAUAAGGAUGUGACUCAAAGUGUUCCUUCCUUGGAUGACAAAAUGCCUGAAGUAACUUCAAAUGUGACAUUGGAAGAUGGUAAAAGACCUACUGAUAAUAAGGGGAAAGCAAGGGAGGGAACUCUUGAUUCGACCAGGUGUGACCAGGAAGUCCGCCCCCAGUCAAUAAUCAGUAGCCCAGGAGGGAUUCCAAUGGAGAUUAUCUCGGAGGAAGCUAUUAAGUUGAGAAAGGUGUCUUUCAUAGGCAGAGAACUAAUGACCCAAGCAGAUCCUAAACCAUCAAUGACGAUAGAGGCAGAUUCUGUUUCUGCCACACAAAAUGACCCUGCUGUAUUAGAACUUGCUCAGGUUGCAGAAAGUGAAAAAGAGGAUUCAGACAAAACAAUGAGUGGUACUCUCCUUACGGACAAAGUGUUGUGUAGCAUUCCAUUACCAGAUAUGGAAUUACCAUCACAAGGAAAAAGACAAGAAAGAUUUAAUGGAGGAAGGCGAGAUCCUCUCGGAGUCCGAAGGUGAUAAAAGUCUGGAGGAGAAAG